GAGCUGCCUUUCAGUGCCACCUAUCAGUGCCAGUCAGUGCCACCUAUCAAUGCCAGUCAUUGCCACCUAUCAGUGCCAGUCAGUGCUGCCUAUCAGUGCCCAUCAGUGCCGCCUAUCAGUGCCCAUGAAUGCCGCCUAACAGUUCCCAUCAGUGUCACCUAUCAGUGCCAGUCAGUGCCGCCUAUCAGUGCCCACCAAUGCCGCCUAUCAGUGCCAUAAGUGCAGCCUGGCAAUGCCCAUCACUGCAGCCUCAUUAGCGCACAUCAGUGAAGGAGAAAAAUGAGCUAUUUACAAAAUGUUAUAA